AUGGCUUCAUCAACAAGCAUGGUGAUGGCAGAACACAUCGAAAAACGCACUUGGUUUGAACGUGGUAAAAGAUUGAUGUAUCGUGUAGAAUCCAAUCGCCGUGAAAGUUUUGAAACAUGGCCGUUAGCUCAUCUUUUAGAUAUUUUUGAAUUGGCUUCUGCUGGAUUCUAUUAUACCGGAGUUGGUAACUUUGAAUGUUGUUUUGAAUGUGGAGUUAAAAUUAACGAUUGGACUUUGGGUGAUAAUCCUUGGCUUGAACAUCAUCGAAACAAACCAAGCUGUAGAUUUGUGCGCCGAAUACCAUGUGGAAAUGUCCCUGUGGGCAUCCACCCUGACACCGUGGCUGUACCUACUUACUACCCUUAUCGGAAAAAUAUUUCUCCUGUAAUUUCACCGUCAUUCCGUUAUUCAUAUUAUUCAGCUGCGGUAUCAAGACUUGAACAUCGAGAAUUUUUAAGUCUUUUUGAUUAUGCACCACCACCGUACCCUGAUCCACAGCCUGAGAUUGAUGUUAAAACUGCCAAGGUUCGACAAUACUUGACUUAUGACGUACGCCUGAAAUCAUAUGGAUAUUGGCCUAGGCACAUGAGCCAGACAAAAGAAAAGCUAGCUGAGGCCGGAUUUUUCUACACUGGUAUUGGUGACUACGUUCAGUGUUAUCACUGUGGUAAUGGUAUAAAAGAUUGGCUCCCAAAUGAAGAUCCAUGGGAAGAACAUGCACGUUAUUUUAAAGAAUGUUAUUUUGUACGUGUUAUCAAAGGACAAGAAUUUAUUGAUCAUUUUAAAAUACCUCAAACCGAUGAUCAACCAUCAGACGAUGAGGAAGAAGCAGAAAGUAUAUUAUUUUUACCAUGUAGACAUUUUGUUUCUUGUGGAAAUUGUUCAACUGAUUUAAAAAAAUGUGUUAUAUGUAGAGCAGAUAUUGAAAAAGUUAAAGAAACAGGAUGCGCCCUCCAAGUUGCGCGUCAAAUAAAAAAAUGGAUGAACAAUAGAUAUGAAUUUGUUAAACAAAGAAAUUAUGAGGAGGCUGUUGCUAUACCAGAACAUUUACGUACACCUCGUGAGCCUGAAAUAGAUUAUCCUGGAAGCAUACACGGUGUGGAUAAAACUGAUGUUUGA